AGUGAGGAUGGAGAAAGUAAGGUGAAUGAAAAUUGUCUGGGGUGGGGUACUGAUCACUUGAGGGCCUUGAAGAUUAGACAACAUACGCCAUGUCAUCUGAUAAACUAAUUUUUUGAUAGAUUUAAUUACUAACACGAGAUUUAGUAGUUAGGUGUUCGGUUAGAGGUAAUGAAAUGGAAUGAAAAAAAAAAAAUAAUUCUUAUUUUUGGUUUUAUUUUUAAAGUAUUGAAAUGUCAUUUAUAUUCUAGUUAUUUUUUUACUUUUAACAAUCAAGGGUUACGGAAUGAGAUGUUUGUUAUGUGAGUUUGAGUUGGAAAGAAUAGAGUUGGAGGGAGUAGACUUGAAGAGAAUACAAAAUUCAAGUGUUGGAGGUGAUUAAUAUUAUUACCAUUUUAAUUUAAUUAGUUUUUACUUGAAAACACACAAACCUUAGUUAUUAAAAUUUAAUUUAAGUUUGAUAUUCUCAUUUAAUUUAAUUCUGUGUCUAAAUCUCUUAUAAACUCUACAAAUAAGAUCAACAAUGUGAGAUAGAACACACAUUUAUUUAUUUAUUUACUUUUAUUUAAUCAAGCCACACAAAUUUCAUACUCAUCUAAGGAGCAAUUCAAUCUUGCAAAGAGAGGAGUAUUAUUUAAUUAUCCAUUAAAAAUGUGCAUUUGGAUACAAACGAAGCUGAGCUGAAAUGUUUGUUAGUGUAUCUUCUUUGAUUGCAGAUUUGCACACAUUCAACAGCUAUAAAGUAAAUUCUUAAGCUCUUGGUCGUUCUUCACUGUGUCUAUUAUUAGAUUUUAUUUUUCCUAUUGUAAUUGAAAAAGUGAAAAAAAAAGUUGUAAUUGAAAAAGUGAAAAAAAAAAGUUUGAAAAGCAUUUUAUUUUGUCAGAUUGAGACUUCCAUCUUGGUCUAGUACUACUCAAUAGGCUUCUUUAGCACUUCGUGAGUUUGGUCCGCAAGCUUCUUUAGGAGGAAACAUCAACCAACAAAUGACAUGUGCUCCAUAUGACCCUGACCAUCACCUUAUUAGAAGAUGAACUACUACUUGAUUGUUUUUUAUGAGCCAAAAUAAUUGUUUUAUUCAAAAAAACUUUUAUUUGGGCCUCAUUAAAAUAGGAGGUCUAUGAGUAUUGUUGUAAAGAAGAACCUCAAAACGCCCAAGAACACUCCUAAAUAGGGGUAACCACGCGUGUAGCGGUAUGUUAUGGGCUAAUAGAAUGGCCCAGCCGGCCAAGCCCACCAGCCGCCCCAAUAGUAUCAAUAAACUGCGUUGUUGUCAAACUAUGUACUAAUUAUAAGCACAUUAUGUCAAACAUAACGUAACUUUCCACGACAAUAAUGUGUAUAUUGAUUAGUAGCCUAUAAAAAGAUGGAUAGAGAGAGCGUUAAUUUGAAGCUCUCAAAUAAUUAUAAGAUAAUAUUAAUAUGGGUGACCAAGAGCAGAAGGGAAUUGUGUGCGUAACAGGAGGAACAGGAUAUAUUGGUUCAUGGCUAAUUAUGAGGCUACUUCAACAUGGUUACACUGUAAGAACAACUAUUCGACCUGAUCAUGACCCAACUGCAUCUGAGGGGAUAAAAAAGAAGAGAGACAUUAGCUUCUUGACAAACCUACCAAGAGCCUCAGAGAAGCUGGAGAUCUACCAUGCAGAUUUGAACCAACCAGAAAGCUUCAGUGCAGCCAUUGAAGGGUGUAGUGGGGUGUUCCAUGUGGCUCAUCCAGUCACUAUAGUCGAUGAAGAGUCCGAGGAAGUACUAACCAAAAGAUGCCUCGACGCAGCCUUAGGCAUACUAAAAGCAUGCCUAGCUUCAAAAACUGUGAAGAGGGUUGUCUACACCUCUAGCUCAGCUGCUAUUUCUGUUUUAAAUGAUGAAACUGGACAACAAGUGGCGGAUGAGAGUUCAUGGAGUGAUGUUGACUGGUAUAGGUCUCAAAAACGCAUGGGAAUUUCCUAUGUAGCAGCAAAGACCAAGACAGAAAAGGCAAUGUUUGAAUUUGGGGAGAAGUUUGGACUUGAUAUUAUCACCUUAAAUCCUUCUUUGGUUUUAGGCCCAUUUAUUUGUCCCACUCUACCUGGAUCUGUGGCUAUGGGACUCACCAUGAUUUUAGGUGACACAUAUAAUAUAUAUAAGUAUCUUUUAAGAACGAAUAUGGUACAUAUAGAAGAUGUGGUUAGUGCACACAUUUUUCUUUAUGAAAAUACUAGUGCUAAAGGGAGGUACAUUUGUUCAUCGGAUGAACUUUCACUGAUUGGAAUGUCUGAAUUUCUUUCUGAAAGAUACCCGAACUUUCAAAUUCCAAAAAAAGAAUCACUUGAGGGUAUUGAAGGUUACAAAAUAAUUGCCCUCUCAUCUAAGAAGCUAUUGGAUUCUGGAUUCAAGUUCAAGUUUGGCCUUGCCCAUAUGUUCGAUGGAGCAAUUCAAUCAUGCAAAGAGAGGAAUAUUCUUUAAUUUGUCUUUGGAUGCAUAAAUUUAGACCUUCUUUCUAUGUAAGGAUUUGUGUUUCAGUUUUUAACCAAGAAAAAUAAAAUAAAAAAUGAACACAAAUUUGCGGCCUUUAAGUUUACGUCACUUCCGAUAUCAUAAAUUACAAAAAUUGUCUCAAGGCACAUGUCGCUAUAAACGUAUAUCUCAAUUCCAACAGCAAAAGGCCAUACCACAAACUGAUUGAUUCUUAUGUCACACUUUGUUUAUUAGGCCUAACCAAUUAUAUGAUGUUAUACAUUUAUAUAUAAUACGGUAAUUAAAGGGUCCAAAUCACAAUUUAUAUUUCUAUUUAUAGCUUAUUAAUUAAGAAACAAUCACAAGAAAAUAUAAAAUAAAAAGGUGAUGCAAGUCCUUAAAGAAACCCAUUUUCCUCCAUCAGACAUAUAUAUAUUUAAAAGAUAAAAAGAUUUAGAAUCCAAGAAAGAGCAUCUGUUCUGUGGUAUCAACCUUCAAUUUCCUCAAAGAGCAUCUGUUGUCGUUAUGAAUGUGCUGAAUUUGUCAAAAGAUUUCAUAACAAGCCUUUUAUUAGUAGUUUUAUAAACACCAUAAAAAAUUGUUGAAAGCUACUAUAAUAAAGACAAGAUUCACCUUUCACAUAUACCUCAAAACAGAAACUAAAGGAUAUUCUUUUCUUUGCAGCAUUUAAUUGCUCCUUCAAACAUAUCAUGUACACCAUUCUUGUAACAGAGCUUCUUUGAUGGGAGGGAUUCAAUAUUGAAUCCUCUGAUGCUCUCCAAAGAUCUGUCUGACAAGAUUUCCAAAAAACAAUAAUGUUGUGAGACUUAGCUCAUUAAACCAGCUGCCACAUCAGCACAACUACCCUAACUGUCACACUAUAAAGGCACCUCAGUUAAAAAACUCAAGGCAUCUCUCAGCACCUAGAAGAUUCUAACUCCCACAGAUUCAUCUCUCCCUAGUUCUAAGACUUGUUCAAGAAACUGAGUGAAAAGAGGGUUGUAAUAAGGUUCCUCGUUCCUCAGAGUGAGAUUUUGUGUAAUUGGUGUUUGACACCAUUAAUGAUUGUAAUUGAGUUAUAAAACUCUCAUUGUAAUGUGCCGAGUUGAUCAAUAAAAUUUAUCCAUUUUGAAAUCGA